AUGGGAGGUUCCUUGGGUCGAAGCUUGGAUGACAUCGUCCCCCUCCUCAAGGAUAGUGAUGAUGAUGUUCGCUCAAGUGCCUGGACGACUUUGGUGGAGCUUCCAGCAGAUGUGAUUGUGAAAUUGAAAGACCACAUCGUCCCACUCCUGAAGGAUACAGAUUGGUUUGUUCGCGAAAGUGCCUGUGUAAUUUUGGGGAAGUUUCCAGCAGAUGUGAUUGUGAAAUUGAAAGACCACAUCGUCCCACUCCUGAAGGAUACAGAUUGGUUUGUUCGCCAAAGUGCCUGUGAGACUUUGGGGAAGCUUCCAGCAGAUGAGAUUGUGAAAUUGAAAGACCACAUUGUCCCCCUCCUGAAGGAAACAAGUGACUGUGUUCGCUCAAGUGCCUGUGUAAUUUUGGGGAAAUUUCCAGCAGAUGAGAUUGUGAAAUUGAAAGACCACAUCGUCCCACUCCUGAAGGAUACAGAUUGGUUUGUUCGCGAAAGUGCCUGUGUAAUUUUGGGGAAGCUUCCAGCAGAUGAGAUUGUGAAAUUGAAAGACCACAUCGUCUCGCUCCUGGAGGAUACAGAUUGGCAUGUUCGCGAAAGUGCCUGUGUAAUUUUGGGGAAGUUUCUAGCAGAUGAGAUUGUGAAAUUGAAAGACCACAUCGUCCCACUCCUGAAAGAUGAAGUUCGGGAUGUUCGUUCAAUGGCCCGCAAGACUUUGGUGGAGCUUCCAGCAGAUGAGAUUGUGAAAUUGAAAGAUCACAUCGUCCCCCUCCUGAAGGAUACAGAUUGGUUUGUUCGCUCAAGUGCCUGCGAGUCUCUGAGGACGCUUCCAGCAGAUGAGAUUGUGAAAUUGAAAGACCACUUUGUCCCACUCCUGAAAGAUGAAGUUCGGGAUGUUCGUUCAAUGGCCCGCAAGACUUUGGUGGAGCUUCCAGCAGAUGAGAUUGUGAAAUUGAAAGAUCACAUCGUCCCCCUCCUGAAGGAUACAGAUUGGUUUGUUCGCUCAAGUGCCUGCGAGUCUCUGAGGACGCUUCCAGCAGAUGAGAUUGUGAAAUUGAAAGACCACUUUGUCCCACUCCUGAAAGAUGAAGUUCGGGAUGUUCGUUCAAUGGCCCGCAAGACUUUGGUGGAGCUUCCAGCAGAUGGGAUUGUGAAAUUGAAAGACCACAUUGUCCCCCUCCUGAAGGAUAUAGAUUGGUUUGUUCGCUCAAGUGCCUGCGAGUCUCUGAGGACGCUUCCGGCAGAUGAGCUGGCGAAACUGAAGGAGCAUAUCGUCCCCCUCCUGCAGGACAACCGGAAGGAGGUUCGCGCAGAAGUCUUUGCAUUGUUUGGCCGCCUGGAAGUUACAAAGGAUUUGAUCUCUCUUGUCGAGAAGUUGCGCCCAGCUUUACUACUUCAUUUUGCUGCAGCAGCCGGAGAUUGGCCGGCGUGUUCGUUGCUGCUUCGCAGCGGCUUUUCCGCUGAAGAAAAGGAUAGCCACUCGGAUUUGGCAGGGAGGCUGAAGAGCGACUUUCUCAACACCAAAGGCGGAAAUGGGAAGGCCAUAGCAAGGGCUCUACAGGAUGACAAUCAAAUUGAAGCUGUUUCCUGGUACACCAUGCCUUUAUCUGGUUGGGCUGCCUUUUUUGAUGGCCAGCACUCCGUGCUUGUGGUCAAAGUUAAAGAUUUUGCUUAUGCAAUUGAAAGAGCUCGUUCUGUUCAAUAUGAUUUGAUCAGCCAGAAACUGGAGAUUAAGCACGCCACGAAGAAGGGUCUCUUCGUAUCGGAUUGGGAAGAGGUACGAACGGUGCCCCACUUGGUCCAACUUGAAAAAGUGGCACCACUAAAGGGUGCUGACAUCAAACUAGGCACAUCUCCCAGUAGUUUAGUGACAUACUUGCUCAGCUUUGAUGGGUACGAUGUUGGAAGAAACAACUGCCACCACACUGCCAUGGAAGCUUUCAACUUUUGCACAGAGAGCCGACAGAUGACUUCUUUGCCGGUCAAUUUGUGGCAAAGCUGCGCUGCAAAGUUUGUUCAGUUCCUUGGGUCCGAUUUGGCCAAUGGAAGGUCAGCAAGUGGUGCUUGUGCCAGCGAACCAUUGUACGACGAUGUGAUCAGACAUCCGCUUAUCACCGGAAGCAAGCCAAGAGAGUGGUCAUCGGACGGCCAAAAGAAAGAGUACUUGCAAAAAGUUGGCAGGGGAUCGGCACAGUACCAGAAGGUGAAGGACUUUGUCAUGAAGUUCGGUGGCAAUGAGAGUGAGAUUCCAGGUUUUACGAUUGAGAAGAUCUAUCGAAACGAGAAUUUCGGAUCAUACAAGAAAUACGUUCAGCACCUGGAAAACAAGACCGCCCAGCAUGAGUGUUGGCUGUUCCACGGGCCUGGAGGACAGCAAGGCUACCAGAAGAUUGUUGAGGAAGGACGAGGUUUUGAUGAUGAUUUUCGCAGCAUGACAUUCGCUGCCUAUGGACAGGGGCACCACUUUGCUCUUGACUUCCGAUUGGCCGAUUUCUUUGCGGAGGGGAAGAGCAAGCACGAGCCGAAGAAGACACGCCGCGUGCUUCUGUGCCGUGUGGCUGCAGGGAAGCCUUUCGAUGCAAAACGUCUUUUUCCUUAUGUUCCAGGUGAUCCCAAAAGCGGCCGAACCGAUGCGGACUGGACCAAGAAGAUGGAAGAGUUCAACAAGAGCAAGCCAGAAGGCCACGACAACAGCUGGAUUGGGGAUGAUCGAGCGCUCAUAGUCGGGAAAGGAGAGAUGGCCUAUGUCGACUACGUCGUAGAGUACACCAGCAC